AUGAAACAACGAAUCACCUUCAUCCAGCGCGUCGAUGCCGGCUUCGACCCGCAGCAAGUCGUACUAACCACGUCAUCCCUCUCCGUCCGCGGCCUGGACGCCGCGCGGGAGGAUCGCAUUACGGUCGGACUGGAUGAGCUUCCAGAGGAGUUCCGUGCUGUGCUCGAGCAAUCUCAUGAGCUCCAUCUCCGCUGGGCCUCCGAAAGGUCUUUUGAUGCUGUCGCGCCAUUCAGCAGCCGGGUUUCGCCUGGUCUGCAUGUGCAUUAUACUCCGGUCGAGUCGGAAUCAUCUUCGGAGGCGCUGUGCACGCUGCUCCGCACGGUAGUCGCGCCUAACAAAGACGCUCAAUACAAGGAUUGUUCGAAGCAGGAGGUAUUCUAUGAUUAUUCCUUUCCAUUCGAGGGUACUACCUGGCUAUGUUCUGGAUGCGUUCGAUCUGACCCGGAAACUGCUAUACAGGAUUCGUUCAUUACACCCCCACUUCGCUCGACACAAUUCGCUUCCUCGGCCUCCCUACAAUAUUACACAUAUCUUCCUUCCAUCCAGUCUCUGGUCAGAUAUGUUCAGACCAAUGUCUGUGACCAUAAUCGUGCAGAUGGCCCCGAGUGCCACACCCGGGCCGAUGCUCUCCUCUCAGCAGAUUCGGUCGAUAUCGACUAUGACAGCGUUUCGCGCGCCUUAACUGUGUCCGGGCUCUGGACUAGUCCACCGACGGGUGGUUGGACGGAUCAGUUUCGGAAGCCAGCAUCCGCUGCUGAUCAAAUCGAGUUCGGCCUCCUGGGCGCCGACGCAGGGCUUGAGCCAGAGGAGAUCAAGAUGGGCGGGCUGUUAGCGGUUGUCGGGCUUGACGAGAAGCUAAAACCAACCAUGUUCUCAUUCCCCUCCCGCCACCAACCUCUCACUGAACCAUCGACCUACGCCGUCUCAUUCGCUUCCCCAACUGGUCUCCAUCCAACAAUGUCCAUAUCCAUGCCCCGAUCAUCCCUCAAACGACCCCCAGCUCCCAGCGACACAACCUGCGCUCUACACACAUACCUCACCCUCCCUUCGACCAUUUUCGGAGAUCAAUACCAGCUCGCAACAACAGAUCCACUCUUUCUCGAGUCACACAAUCUUGUAGCCCUGCGUGCCUUAGCAGGCGAAAUGGAUCUUGAAGCCCCAGACUGGGUUGUUCAGCGCUGGGGCUCAAACUGGCUUCUCGAACUAGCAACUCUCAGAGAAACUGAAGACGCGACCACCACACCAGAUCACUCAAAUUGGACUGCCAGUAUUCCUCUACACCUGCGGUACCAGCCGCCCUCCGAAACAGGCCACCGUACUGCCCACAUCCCCUGGCCGGUCGUCUUCUGGGCCUGUACUGCCGAGGACGACACGAAUAUGGGUGUAAACCCCUUCGACCGCACAAAUCUCGGUUGGGACAGUUUAUUCGGUCCGCGAACUUUAUUCUACCAGCUUCAACCUGCAGGCGAUCGUCUUGUUGAGGAGGUCGAUGUGCCGGUUCUACGACUGGAGGGCGGGGAUGGCUACUUCCAAGGCAAACAUAUUGAGUUUGGCACUUGUGUGUUUAUCUCCCUUGGGUUCAUGUGGGUGCUUUGGCGGCUUGCUUGUGUUGCUUGGUCGUCUGAUGUUGGAAAUAAACGAACCAAGGGUGUGCAUGAUAAGAAAGAAUAA